AUGGUUCGCGUAAAACACAGAUACAUACUGGUGCAAAUACGCUGUAACAAUCGCCCUUCAAAUGCUCCCGUUUCUAUUCCGUCCCACGUGCUCUUGAACUAUAUCAACGAGCAGGUCGAACGAUAUUACGGGGAGUUUGGUGUGGCAAGCAUGCUCAGGUUGAAUGUGAUAUACUUCAAUGCCAAAACGCAUCUCUGCAUAAUACAAUGCCGCCAUGGGCCUCAUAGAUUUAUCACCAGCAUUCUACCAUUGCUAACUGUGGCCGGACCAGAAACUGCCCGUUACCGUACGCUCUAUGUGGGUGCUACUCUACAGCAGUGUAACAAAUUUAUUGUCAAGUAUCAGCAACGAUACAUCAACAAAACGAUUGGCGACUACCGUGGGGUACUGCAGAAGCAAAAGCUCGUCGACGAUGUUACUAAAAUGAGGAAACUAUAA